AUGAUCUCAAUCCCCAAACUCCUCCUUCUCGUCAGCCUUCUGACACCACAGCCCUUAGCCCUCUCAGUCCGUUCUUUCGCUCCCUCUCUUUCCCCCCGAUGCGUCUAUAAUGAAACAAUCCUCGGUCCGCAAUCCUGCUUCGAUAAGAACCACAUGUUCAAAGACGCUGAGCCCGUCAAUGCCACAGAUCUCUACCAGGAUGCCAAGAACUUUUGCAACAGUAUAAGCCACAAGUUCCCGACGAUGCGGCCGCGCGCUAUGGUAAGGGGCAACGGUCAUGGCGCAAAGUCGAAGCAGCAUUUUGAGAUACGCUGGCUCGACCUAUGCUUCUGGCCUGACAUCAAGACAAUGAGUCUUCUUGACCCUUUUGGCAAUAACGAAAAACCAGGAAAGAAUGGUGAUGAUUGGUGCACGCAUCUUCUUACGGAGAACUAG